CAGCCGAGGCAGCGUUUUCAAUCUACGGAAUAAGGAAGUGACAGAGAGACGCGGAUGUAAUUUUAUAAUUAAAUAAUGCAUUUAUGAUGUUUUCAGGAUGAAAACAUGUAGUUAGGACAACCAGUUAGCUAACGUUAAGCUUUACAUCAGUCAUGUUUGUCCUAACGUUACUUCUACCGCUAAACGCAACCGGACGGACUUCCUUGUUUACUUUCUGACAUACCUGAAAAGAAACCAACGAUGAAUAACAGACAGUCGGUUUAUUCAUUUAUUACAGCGACGAUACUUAUAAGCGUCCCUGUGGUUUCAGGGGCCCAGCAGCCUCACAUCGUGUUCGUCCUGGGGGAUGACUUUGGCUGGUAUGAUGUCGGCUACCACAGGUCAGAGAUCAGCACCCCGCACCUGGACAAGCUGUCUGCCGGAGGAGUCCGCCUGGAGAACUACUAUGUUCAGCCUCUGUGUACCCCCUCCAGGAACCAGCUCAUGACCGGGAGGUACCAGAUCCACACAGGCAUGCAGCACCAGAUCAUCUGGCCCUGUCAGCCGUACUGUGUGCCUCUGGAGGAGAAACUGCUGCCCCAGCUGAUGAAGGAGGCGGGCUACGCCACACACAUGGUGGGCAAGUGGCACCUGGGCAUGUACAAGAAGGACUGCCUGCCCACACGCCGGGGCUUUGACUCUUACUUUGGCUACCUGACAGGCAGCGAGGAUUACUACACUCAUGUCCGUUGUAAUCCCAUCACCGCUCUGAACCUGACUCGCUGUGUGUUGGACCUACGGGAAGGAGAGGAGGUUGCAACCGGAUACAAAGGACAUUAUUCCACUGAGCUGUUCAGCCAGAGGGCCAUCAGCGUCAUUGAAAAACACGACUCUAACAAGCCACUCUUCCUCUAUGUGGCGUUGCAAGCAGUCCAUUCACCCCUGCAGGUUCCAGAGCGCUACAUGGCCCCCUACAGUUUCAUCAAAGACCCCCAUCGCCGGCUGUAUGCUGGCAUGGUGUCGGCCAUGGACGAGGCCGUGGGCAACAUCACUCUGGCUUUGCAGCGCGGGGGACUCUGGGACAACACGAUCCUAGUGUUCUCAACAGAUAACGGAGGUCAGACGCUGUGCGGUGGCAGCAACUGGCCACUGCGAGGGAGGAAGUGGUCACUGUGGGAAGGAGGGAUCCGGGGAGUUGGAUUUGUCGCCAGCCCACUACUGAAGCAACCCGGCACCAUCAGCCACGAACUAAUCCACAUCUCUGAUUGGCUGCCAACGCUUGUUGGCCUGGCAGGAGGGAGCACUAACGGUACAAAGCCACUGGACGGUUUCAACAUGUGGGACACAAUCAGCAAAGGGUUUGCCUCGCCCAGACUGGAGCUGCUGCACAACAUUGACCCUCUGUAUAUCGACAUCGCUCCAUGUCCUGGCAUGCAGCGUCGGUUAACUUUGGCUCAGGUGGUCAAUAGAGGCUCCGCGGCCAAGUCUGGCUUCAAUGUGUCCAUUCACGCGGCCAUUCGAUCCUCAAACUGGAAGCUGCUGACGGGCUACCCAGGUUGUGACGUUUGGUUCCCCCGGCCCGGCCACAACAGCUCUGAGUCGAGCCCCUCGAAGGUGGAUCCACUGAAGUCCGUAAUGCUGUUUGACAUAGAAAAAGAUCCUGAGGAGAGGAAUGAAGUAUCUGCCGAUUUCCCCAAAGUAGUGGAGUAUCUCCUCAAAAGGCUCGAAAAACACCAGAAAACUGCUUUGCCAAUAAACUUCCCCGCUGACGACCCCAGAUGUGACCCGGGCCCCACUGGAGCCUGGGGACCCUGGGCUUAGACGGCAGUGACACUGAUUAAGCUUUGUUCACCAUGUUUGCUGUGAAUUACAACAGCGGGAACCUCUUCUGUGGAGAAGAGACAUUUGUUAACUCCAUUAUGAUUAAAAUGUUUUAUAUAUAAAAAAUAAGUGCCCUUAUUAUUGAUGUCUGUGUCCCAGCUCGGAAAGGUUUUCAGAGGUUUAGUUAAAACAAUUACCUAAAGCUGCACAUGUUGCUGACUUGUAAAGACCAUCUCCCUGCCGUUUCAGGUAUUUGCAUCUUAUUUAUCUAUUGUUGGGAAGCUGCCGGCUUGGUUUACAAUUGUCAAACACAAAGCUGUGCAGAAAUAAUGGGUUGUUUUCAACCUGAAAAAAUCUUUUCAAUAACUAAACUAGUACAGCUAUUUUUUUAAUGAUUGUACAGGAGAGGGGACUGGCGACCUUUCCAGGUGAACCCUACCCCCACCCCUGGGACCCUGUAUGCAGGAUAAGCGGUUGACAAUGAGUGAGUGUACUGGAGAGAGCAACAUGUCAGAUGUAUUCAAGAGAGAGAGAGAGAGAGAGUAGAUGCAAAAAGCUGCACUAAUCAAUACUUUUAUAUUGACAAGGGCUUGACAAUGACUGCAUAUAAUAUGAAAGGAGUUAUUUGUAGUGACAAACCCACAGAGAAUUAUCAAUGGGUUUCCCAUUUUUUAGCAUCUUGCAGCUGUUUUUGUUGGUUUUAUGUGUCUGUGUUGUUUACAUCAGCAGCUGGAACCUGUUUUCAGCUCUUAUAAAACCCACUGAGGGUUACCUACCCAGCACCAAGCAGCAGAGCUGGUGAACAUAGUGGAACAUGUAGCACAUAAAUAGCCAGAUAUUUCCCUCAGGAGCUGGUGAAGAUCUGUAGCUCAAGCUUAUCACAGUCCUGCCACAGAUACUGGAUUUUUAAAUUUUUUUGUGUUUGAGCAUUUCAUUAGUGAUUACUGUCAGGAUGUGAAGAGAAUAAAAUUUUUAUAAACUGUGCCAUAA